AUGCCAUCCCCUACCAUUUCCAAGCCUCGUGUUCCAAAGUCUGGCGUUUGGUGCCCUGCAAUCACAUUCUUCAACCAUGAGACCGACUCGCUCGACCUUGAUGCGCAAUCCCGCUACUUUGCCUAUCUCUCUACCACUGGACUCGCGGGCCUUGUCAUCCUGGGCACCAACUCCGAAGCUUUUCUGCUUACCCGUGAGGAGCGCAAGCAAUUGGUCGAAACUGCUCGCACAGCCGUUGGCCCUGACUAUCCCCUGAUGGUAGGGGUAGGAGCCCAUUCUACCAAGCAAUCAUUGGAAUUGGCGCACGAUGCGGCAGGCGCUGGAGCGGAUUAUGUCCUCGUACUUCCUCCUGCAUACUUCGGCAAAGCGACCAGCAUGGCAGUCGUCAAGCGCUUUUUCGCCGCUUUUGCCGCACAAUGUCCCCUUCCGGUUGUUAUCUACAACUUUCCGGGUGUGACUAAUGGUGUAGAUAUCGACUCUGAAACGAUGACGGCUAUUGUUCAGGAGUCGAAAGCAACCAGCGGCACGUCCAACGUUGUAGGCGUGAAGCUGACGUGUGCUUCAGUGGGCAAGAUCACUCGGCUCGCCGCAACCUUCGAUUCCUCAGAGUUCGCCAUCUUUGGUGGCCAGUCAGACUUCCUGAUCGGAGGUCUAGCUGCAGGAUCCUCUGGUUGCAUUGCGGCAUUCGCGAACGUUUUCCCAAAGCUCACUUCGAGAAUUUACCAGCUCUAUAAGUCGGGACAGUACGAUGAUGCUAUGAGUCUCCAGAAGAAAGCAGCUUUGGCUGAGAGCCCAUGCAAAAGCGGCAUCGCCUCCACCAAGUAUGCAGUCGCUCGUCAUUCCGCCAGUGCUGCGGGUAUCGAGGGUGCAGAAGCAAUGUUGGCGCCACGUCAUCCAUAUGGACCUGUCAACGAAGAGGUGAAGCAGGGUGUUCAAGCAGCGAUGGACAGGCUAGCGGAAAUUGAGGUAUCGCUUCAGAUCUGA